AGAGGCUUUGGGUUGCCACAUGACCAGUUGUCUUGAACGCCCCUCGGUGAGUUGGUGAAAGCUGUGCAAGGUAUUUGUUUCGGUUGUGAAUCGUGGCGAGCAUCUGAGUACAAGCAGGUGACUGACAACAUAAAACAUCAGUGCAAUGCUGCUUCUCAGACGCUGCCACAGCCUGACUCGAUUCGGCCCUCUCAACACUCAAAGGCAUCAAGUGGCACCUGCUGUGGCGUCCUGUGCAGUUCGUCUCUGGAGCAGCAGCAGUGAGGACCAGAGAUGGUACCAGCGUGCCCAUAGGCCCAGCUGGAGACAUGCACUGGCAGGACUGCUGGCUGGUACCGGGGCUGUACUGGCUUAUGGACUCCACCACCACAAGGCUGAGCAGGAAGACACCAUUACAGUGCAAACCAUAGAGAAGACCUCAGCUCUUCCCAUCUUCAGCCAGGAAGAGGUCACCAGUCACCGCUCUCUGGAAGAUGGCGUGUGGGUCACCUACAAAGGUGGCGUCUAUGACAUCACUGAGUUUGUGGCCAUACACCCUGGUGGGGAUAAAAUCUUGCUGGCGGCAGGUGGAGCCCUUGAACCCUUCUGGGCGCUGUAUGCUGUACACAACCAGGAACAUGUGCUGGAAAUGCUCUCAGAGUAUAAGGUUGGUGAGCUGAGGGCAGAAGACCUGAAGAAGCAGCAGGCCGUUCAGACUUUGGAUCCCUACUCCUCUGACCCCGAGCGUCACCCCGUCCUGCGCAUCAACAACCUCAAGCCCUUCAAUGCUGAGCCGCCUCCUGAAAUCCUCUCUGACAGCUUCAUCACCCCCUCUGCUAUCUUCUUCAAAAGAAACCACCUGCCAGUUCCUCGGGUGGACCCGGCUUCAUAUCAGCUGCACGUAGAGGGACUACCUGGAGUGCUGACGCUGUCUUUAGAAGACUUAAAGACUCGAUUCCCCAAACACACUGUCACCGCCACGCUGCAGUGUGCCGGUAACCGCCGCUCUGAGAUGAAUCAGGUCAAGCAGGUGAAAGGACUGAACUGGGGCAUUGCUGCGAUCAGUAAUGCUACAUGGAGCGGUGCGAGGCUCAGGGAUGUGCUGCUGGCUGCUGGCUACGGGCCCGAUGUGGCCCAGCGGGCUUUCCAUGUUCAGUUUGAAGGACUGGACAAAGAUGUAACUGGGACUACCUACGGUGCCUCCAUCCCUCUAAACAAGGCAGUUAGCGAGGAAGGUGAUGUGUUGCUGGCUUAUGAAAUGAAUGGCGAGGAUCUCCCUGCUGACCACGGCUACCCUGUCCGCGUUGUGGUGCCAGGCACAGUGGGUGCGCGCAAUGUUAAAUGGCUGGGGAAGAUCAUUGUGAGUGCGGAAGAAAGCAGCAGCCACUGGCAGCAGAAUGACUACAAGGGUUUCUCCCCCGGGACAGACUGGGACACAGUGGACUUCAAGUCUGCUCCGGCCAUCCAAGAGCUGCCCAUUCAGUCAGCCAUUACCACGCCGGCAGACGGUGCUGUGGUCAAUCGCAGUUUGGAAGAGGUGACGGUGAAGGGUUACGCCUGGAGUGGCGGAGGCAGAGAGGUGGUACGUGUAGAUGUUUCUAUGGAUGGAGGAAAGACGUGGCAGGUGGCCCAGCUGAGGAGCAGUGACAAGGGACAAGCACCUGAACCCUCUCCCCCACCGGGACGAGCCUGGGCCUGGAAGCUGUGGGAGCUAACGGCUCCUCUUCCUCCCGAGGCUCAGGAGUUGGAGAUAGUUUGCAAGGCGGUUGACAACAGUUACAACAUGCAGCCGGACACAGUUCCUCCCAUCUGGAAUCUGAGGGGCGUGCUGAGUAACGCCUGGCACAGAGUGAAGGUGAACAUCCGCGAGGAUUAGAGCGAGGAAUAGACUCAGUGGUCUGAUCCACAUUCAAAAUUCAAAAGGUUUACUCCUGAAGCCAAGUCAUCAGAGAGUAGACAUUGUUUAAAAUCUGUCACUGAGACUAAGCAGAAAAUACAGCAGGAUUUUAAGCAGUCAUGUUGCCUGUGAGAUUUGAGAUACCUAGAACAAAGCUAAAGGCUGUAAAUAACCAAAAUAUGUCCAUUUUUAUCUUGUGAUGAUUCACCUAAACUACAUGUAAGCCCGUUAAUUCUCUGAUUUGUAGAAAAGAAAAAAUAUAAAUUAUUGAUAUACUGUAUAUUAUUAUAUAUUUUUGUAAUCAGGAUUGACAAUCCUAAUGCUGAAUAUGUGCACAUUAUAUUAAAAUUGUUGAAUUAAUUGUGUGAUUAACAUGCAUCAUACUGUAAUUUAAAAACCUAAUUUUAAAUUAUAUGAAAUCUAAUUGAUAUGUAGAAAAGUUUUAAGUUUAUUAUAUAGUCAUUACUUUAAGAAAAGGCUACUACAGUUGCAUGGAGUGUUUUGGAAACUUGGUAGUUUAAACAAAACCUAGCAUUUGUUUAUCUGCAGCUGUGGCUUUGCUGAAUAAUAAUAUUUUAUAAGUGAUAAGAUAAUAAAAAAAACUUUGAGUUUGAGUAGCUUAAAGGAGCUUAAGAGCUUGGUUUGUAAAUCAUAGGUGAACUGUGACCCUCGCCAUGCAGUUUGUGGAGCUGCUCCCCCCCCACUGUUUUGAAGUUGGUAUAAAGUAGCACACCUCACUAAUGUUCAGCCGCGGUUCUACCACGACACCACAGCACACUGCAGAAGUCAGGGCACUGCUUGACCACAGUUGUGACUACACUGUGUUUUGUGUGAAAUGUACAGUAUUGUUGAAGAUGAUAAAUAAAGAGCUCUAAUUUUACACUGACAAGUGUCAGUGCCAUACAGCACUAAUUAGAUUAGAGGAAAUGAGAAGUAGUCAAUUAUAAUUCUUAUUUAAAGACAUUUGCUCAAAAUAACACCACCUUGCUAUGUGUUACUCAGCUUUGCAGUACUUACGUUUUUCCACUCACUGUGACUAAAUAUGUCAACUGGAGAUCCCGACUGGCAGGCAAACUGCAGUUUUUAUAUUUAAUGAAAGACGAUUACAUUUAACAGAUUAUUUUUCUUCAAGGAUAAUAGGAAAAAUGCAUUAAGAGUAUUACUAAUUGUAAAAAAUAAAGUAUAUUUAAUAACAGUAGUAUUUUUAUGCACCCACUGACAUUUCUUUUUUCAGAAGAGAAUCAUCAACAGAGAAGUUUCUAGCUCCAUAUUAACUUACAGUGUGCAUAUCUACAGUAUGGUUAACAUUUCAAUUCCCCUUUUGUAUAAACUAAAAAAAACCUACAAGAUGACAUCACUUUCACAUGUUGGUGAUAGAUUUUGUUGUUUUGAAAGCUGAAGUUUUCUUUGCUAAAAUUCAGUAGCUGUCAGCAUCAGAUCAGGAUGCAGUUGCUGACUGCUCUAAAAAGAAAGCUGUACGAUUAAAACAGUUCUUACCAUAUUUUAUAAAUUACACAAAUCUUCUGCUGCUUUUACUUAGUGAUUCCUAAAAGUGGUAACAGAGGAAACAGGAUACAAAGUGACUCAGACAGCCUUCUGAAAAAAAGAUGUUGCAGCUGGCAGGAAGGUGAACAGGACCAAGGAGUCCAGGGGAGACAGGAUAAUGUAAAAGAUUAGGUGUCAGGGCAAACAGUAAUUAGAUAUAUAAAAGAAUGCAAUACAAUUUUGAUGAAAUAUAUAGUCUAAUUAACCUGAGUAGUCCAAAACUAUGCUUAAUUACCCUGUAUUCAAGUCACAAUCCAUAAUUUGUGUGAACGUACGUAUGAACUGGGAGUCAUGAUGUCACGAUGAGUGGCUUGGUCUUUUGUCCUGAAUAGGAUUAAACAAUGUUCUUGGCACGUUUUCUCUGACUGCAAGAUUAUUUAUAUAAUAAAACCAGAUAUGUUCCGGGAUUUAAAUGCUGUGGGACUCAUUUGUUUAUGAGUAUCCCGGGGCUGCUGACCUAGUGGGGAAGUUGGUUUGGCAAUCAUGUUUGUCAUAAACUUUUCAUUCUGAUGUGUCUAUGAAUCAUAAAUGACUAGAAUUGCGGUAAGCAGUAUCACGGCGAACAGAUAAAACACAUUUAUAUGGUUCUGCAGUCGACGCAGACUGUGAGAAUUUUUGUAUUCUGUUGGUUUCAGACUCCUGACGCUGCUAUGUGUGCAAUGGAGUGCAACAUGCACUACUCACAAUGUCUUAGGAGAAAUGACAGAAAGCAGAAGGAAAGCAGAGUCACUUCAGUAGAAGAUGAGACAUUACACAUUUGUGGUAUCAAACUGGAUCAUUUGGACCAAAUGUUCUACAGUCUCUGUUCACCCUUUGUUGGAUCAAACAUAUACAGUAUUAUGCUGCUGUGUGAUGUUUUGGAUAUACAUACAGCUAGUUUAGGUGUCAAAAGCAGCCUUGUUGAUAAAAGCCUAUACU